AUGGAGAAAUUUCGUCGAGGCUGGGUGAUAUCAUUACUUGGUGGUUAUUCACCUGGAAUUUCUCCAUUUUAUACCAUAAUAAGAACAUUAGUCCUCGCGUUUUUGAUUCUGAUACAUUUAAUUCCAAUAUUUGCAAGUUUUAGUCCUGUUGCAGGUGCAUUUUUUGCACUUGGUCUAUCUCUACCGCUGUUAAUCACAAAAUCAAUCAUGUAUUACUUAAAUUCUUUAGUUAAUUCCUCAUUUGAAUUAGAAGACAGCGGAGAAAAUAGAGAUGAAGUUGUAACGAGGGAAGAAAUUCCACCUCCGCCAGGAAUUCCUCAAAAAUUAUGGAGAUUAAGAUCAAAUUUCGCUUCAAAUGUUUCAAUAACAGAACAAAUUUUCACAGACUUACUAAAUAAAGGAUUCGAUACAAAUUCCAUCGUUUUAUUCUUCAAAUACGUAAGAAAUCCGUCAUUGGUUGAUGCAAUACCUUCAAAACAAGAAAUUAUUCCUCAAAAGAAAGAAUACAUUAAAAUUUUCGGUAUGAUUUGUCCUCUACCAUUUAACAGACAGACAUUAAAUGCGCUGUUUCCAGGAAAUACGUCGAUAAGAUAUUUAAUUUAUUUAUUUUUCUUAUCGAUGACACAAGAAACCCUUGUAUCAAUAAUUAUGCAGUAUUUCUCAGUGUAUGAAAGAAUACUUUUAGCGUUUUAUUCAGGUUUUUCUUUAUACUCUUUAUUAUCACCUCCAGAAGUCGAUCCAUACUCAACAACUCGUGGCGAUAUCAUGACUGGAAUUACAAGACCAUUUUACAUCACGAUUUUUUGCUUGUGCUGGUUCAUUUUCUCUUAUUUUCAAUCAAAUUCCGUAGAUUAUGAAUACAGUGACAUUUUAAAGCUUACUAUUUACUGGAAGCAAAUAUAUGGUAUCAUUUCUGACACUUUUCGUACUGCAUUAGGUGCAUUUCCUCUAGUUUUAUUAAUUUUAGUUCCAAUGCCAUCGACAUUCAUUACAUGGCUACUAGAAGGAAUUUCUUAUUAUUCGUUUGGCCUUUCUGGCUCAGGAGGAUUUGUCCAUUCGAUAAUUCAGUUCAUUCGUUCGUUAAUUGUUUACAUUAUUAUCUUUUUCAUUGUCAAGGUUAUAACGCCUGUCCGAUUGUCAUGCGCGAUUGGCCUUGCACUUCUUCUACUGCAGUUUCCUUUGACAUUUACUUCAUUAAUUAAGAAGAAAAUGUUUAAGUUCUACUUUGUUAUUAUCUUUUCGUCACUUGUUGGGUUCGUCUCUUCAUAUUCCAGCGCUGUAAUAGCUUAUAUUUCGUUUGAAAGCAUCGCAACUGUAUCGUGCGUUUUUUGUACGCUUCUUGACUUCAUCUGGCCACUUAUCAGUGCCAAUAGCUACUAUGUUUUGUUUUAUAUGAGAAUUUUUUCAACUCCAUCGAAAACUAUCAACGCAUUAAGGCUUUUGACGCCUUGUUUCUUCACUCCUUUAUUUAUUGGAGGUAUCCUACAGCGAUGGAACUCAGAUCCUUAUAUUUCCGCCUUAAUUAUUGUAGCUGCCAUCAAUAAUUCUCUUUGUCAGAGCUAUAUUAUGGCAUUAUCCAUCAUUUUAGAGCGUGUUACAUUCGGAAUCGAGCUAAAAUUGCCGAACCCAGCACUAAAUUUAAUAUUAUCAAUGACAUUAGCCAGAAAACUCAUGAAUAUCUCCACAGUCAUAGAUUAUUGGCGAAGAGGAAGGUUGACGGGCUUAUAUAUGUUCUAUGAUACGUAUUAUUCCGAUACAAUUAAAGAUAAAAUCAAAGAUUUCCUUGUCACUUCAGUUUUUACGGCCAUGCCCGGUCCAGAUCGUGUCCUAGCAACCCCUGCUUUCCUGUGGUCACUCAUUACAGGCGCUCCCUUCCUUUCCCCUCAAAAUUUGUCACUUUUUAUGUUACCAUGUGCUCCAAGACCCAAUUGUUUCUGGGAUUACACUGAUAACAAAGACGACAACAUUGCGAAACCAUUUAUUGUAUCGCUAACGGAGCAUCCCGUUGAAGCUCCCGUUUAUUAUUCCAUGGCAAGAGCUUUAACUAUGAAUCUUGCGAAUAUUAUUAGAAAUGGAACUCUCGGAAUUGUUGAUUCCAAUGAUUUCUUCUUGUUCCUGAGUGAGCCACUGGCCGCAUUUGUCCACAUUGUCGCUUUGGAAUCUCAUUCUGUCAGAUUUCAGGUCAGAGGAUUAGAAUACAACGACGAAACCCUAUGCCACCUUGGAGAGAUCGCCAAACUCAAGGACGACGUCGUGUUGUAUAAAGACAGAAUUCCGAAUUUCAGGUCACAAUUAACUUAUGCGGGGACGAACUGGAAAACUAGGGCCACAAAUGUAUCAUUGAUGCAAUAUAAUGUGAUAACAAUCCAAUUGAACAGGUCUUUCUUGGGUGUUGACCAAGAAAAAACAAAAUUUUGGGCUGCAAUCACUUUUUGUCAUCAAUUAAUUGGAAAAGAAACAAUUAUUAUUGAUGAAGAACCAUCCCAAGACAUUCCUUUCGAGUUGAACAAUGUAAUAAGUAACAUGUCCAUUGCUAUUGACAGAGAAAAAGCUGCAACAGCUUAUUCAAAGUUCCUCGAAUUGAUUUUACAGGAUGGAUACAUUUCUACUGAAAAGAUUUGUAAUUUCUUUAUCAAUACACAGCAUCAGGAAACAACAGAUAUGUUAUAUGCUAAUUUGUUUUCUCCUGCUGCACAGUUAUUUGCAUUGAUUUUAUCAAUGGAAUCAAUGCAGAUGACACCUGAUAUUUCACAAAUAUUGGAGUGUAUAAAUUUCACGAAUGAAACAAUAGAACAUUAUAUUUCUGCUCCUAUUACUUCUCAACAGUUCCAAGAGACAUUUAAAUCGGAAGAAGCUGAUUUGUUCUCAAUUACAGAACGAUCUGGAGAGAAAUUGGCCGUGUUCUUCAAAAUGUCUGAAGUUAAUUACGACAUCAUUCAUAUACAGAGAGAAUUUGUUAAAUGUUUCUGGGCAAGUGAAGCUUUCUUACAGAUAUUCCUUGGAAAUAACAACAGCGAAAGAUUAUCUAUACAAGAAGAUGAUCAUAUGCUUCAUAACUUGAUUCUUCAGGCUUGUGACCUUCCAAUUGGAUACCCUGCUUAUGUUUCUCCAAUCAAAACUUCAUAUUGUCCUUCUCCUUUCUCUAUCUUUUACUGA